GACCUCAGAAACCAUGUCAAAGCACCAUUGUGAAGCUGGGACGGCUUUCAUUCAGACUCAGCAGCUGCAUGCAGCCAUGGCUGACACAUUCCUGGAGCACAUGUGCCGCCUGGACAUUGACUCGCCACCCAUCACGGCCCGGAACACUGGCAUCAUCUGUACCAUUGGCCCUGCUUCCCGAUCGGUGGAAAUGUUGAAGGAGAUGAUUAAGUCUGGAAUGAAUGUGGCUCGUCUGAACUUCUCUCNGUGGAAAUGUUGA